CAGCCAGCAGCACUGGGCUGUGCACCCCGGUGCUGCUGCCAGGCCCCCCUCCUCCUGCCUUCUCCCAGGGCUGUCCAGGCACUGCUCCAGUACCCACCCAGCCUCCUUACAUGAGACGGACACCAAGAGCUUAAGCUCUACUGUAUAGCCGAACCUCUUCCUGGGCGUAAGAUGAUUCUGUAGACCUGUCAUGUCACACACUGUGCUGAGAUCAGAGACACGUUCUGCUAAAUGUAACAUGAACACAGUAUUCCAAUAAAUUAACAGACUAUCCAUAUGAGCAAGAUGAUUCGGAAGAUAACCUAUAGCCUAAGAAAACGUGUGUCUGCUGUGGCAUGUGGGACCACUCAAGUGAGAAGAUUUCUGCAUGGUGCUUAUUUCAGGAUUCAUCCCUCCAUACAGGAAGCCCUGAUGGAGGAGAGACCAGUCGUAGCCUUGGAAAGCACCAUCAUUACACAUGGCAUGGCCUAUCCUCAGAACCUGAGUAUGGCCAGAAAGGUGGAAGAAAUUGUAACAGCAAAUGGAGCAGUGCCAGCCACUGUGGGUAUUUUAAGGGGUCGAAUCCAUGUGGGACUCACAGAUGAGGAACUUGAGUCGUUGGCAAGCAGUAAAAACGUAGUUAAAGUUUCUCGGAGAGAUCUUCCUUUCGUCCUUAGCCAGGGCUUGUCCGGUGGCACCACCGUGUCUGGAACAAUGAUUGCCGCACACAAAGCAGGAAUUCCUGUGUUUGUGACGGGUGGCAUAGGAGGCGUCCAUCGGGGAGGAGAAAACACUCUGGAUGUGAGUGCUGACUUGACAGAGCUAGGACGAACUCCAGUUGCUGUUGUAUCUGCAGGAGUCAAGUCUAUCCUUGAUAUUGGCAGGACGCUGGAAUAUCUGGAGACUCAGGGAGUCUGCGUGGCUGCCUUCGGAGAGUCAAGGGAGUUCCCAGCCUUCUUCUCACGCCAGAGUGGCUUCCAGGCACCAUAUCAUGUCCGGAAUGAAGAGGAGGCAGCUGAGCUCAUUGCCAGUGCUCUGGGGCUAGGCUUGAGCAGUGGCGUGCUGAUAGCAGUGCCCUGUCCCCAGGAGCGAGCUGCCUCAGGCCAGGUCAUUGAAGAGGCCAUCCAGCAAGCACUCAGCGAAGCCAGGUCCAAAGGGAUAACAGGCAAAGAACUGACUCCUUUUAUGUUACAGAAGCUCAAUGAAUUAACUGAUGGGAAAUCGCUGGACUCCAACCUUGCUCUGAUCCAGAACAAUGCCAGAGUGGGCAGCUGCAUUGCAGUGGCCCUGAACAAACUACAGAAAGCCAGAAGGAAAGGAAACUUGCCUCAUCGAGAGAACACAAAUCCAGCUCAGCCAGUGGUGAUUGGAGGUAUCAACGUUGACUUUAUAGCCAAGGCGCGGAACCCUGUCAUCGUGGGUGGUGGGCAAACGAACGCUGGAAGAGUGAGACGAACCUUUGGCGGUGUUGGAAGAAACUUGGCAGGUGCCUACUGCUUGGGUUUGUUGGUGGACUGCUUAAGCCGUCUUGGACAGACUCCUCUCCUUUUAUCAGCGAUGGGGAAGGAUGAACAUUCAGAGUCCAUCCUGCAUUACUGUCACCACAUGGACAUGAGUGCUGUCCUUCAGCUGGAGGGGAAGAGCACAGCCACUUACUGUGCGGUGAUCACUACUACUGGAGAGCUCAGCGUCGGCUUGGGAGAUAUGGACAUCCACCAGCAGAUAACAGAGCAAUAUGUGUCCCAGUUCAAGCAGAACCUGUGCCAGGCUCCGCUAAUUUGCAUUGAUGGAAAUGUGCCUCUUCCCACCAUUCAGUAUGUCUGCCAACUGGCUAGAGAGCAUCAGCUAGCAGUGUGCUAUGAGCCAACAGAUGAGAACAAGGCCUCUAAGCCAUUCCUCUCAGACAGCUGGAAAGCGCUCACAUACAUUUCCCCCAACCUGCAAGAGCUAAAAGCGAUAAAUCGGACCCUCAGGAAUCCUCUGCCAGCAGAGCUGCCAUCCAGGUUGGAGGAUCUUGUUCAGACUGCAGUGGCCUUGGCCCGCCCUUUGCUGGCCCAUCUGUGUUGUGUGAUGGUGACCCUCGGUGCUCACGGUGUCCUCCUGUGUGGCAAGAGCCUGGGAGGGAGCAUCUCCCUCUGUCCAGGAGCUCACAAACAGGCUGACGCUGCCAGCCUCUGUGCCACCCACUACCCUGCCAUCCACAUCAACAGGGAGGAGAUAGUCAAUGUCUCGGGAGCCGGUGACAGCUUAAUGGCAGGAAUCCUUGCAGGCAUCCUUGCUGAACACGACACAGAUACCUGUGUCCGGAUGGGUCUGCUUGCUGCAAGUUUGUCUCUCCGUUCCUAUGAGCCCAUUUCCCCAGAAAUCAGCACUUCCAGUGUCAGCCAGGAGGAAGUCAAGAGCAGGAGCUGGCCAGAGAUGAAGAUAUGGAAGAUGGACUAGAGCAGCAUGGCUUUCUCAUCUAUUACAUCCUUGCACUCCUAGCAUUGUUGUUUCCAGGAACUGGGCCAUGUUUUGAGCUUUGAGCUUGAAAGCUGGCUGCUGAGCAGAGGACUUAGACUUUUGGCACAUGCUCCCUUUCAGGAGGCGAUGUAUCAGUUGAGUACAUUUCAUGACAACUUGUGUUGCACUGUUCACAUGUAUGUUUGUCUGCUGUUGUUUCCUUUCCUGUUUUUUGUUAUUUGGUGAGUUACAGCAACCACAGCUUGGUUGUCCUGCCUACUGCCUGUUGAUAGUAUAUCUGACCCCCAUCCCUGUCUAAUGGGAGUAUUCAUCUGUUUUGGUCUUGUGUAAACCCUCGGGAAGGAGGCUUCAACCCAGGGAAUGACUUCUUUUUAAAGAAAAACUGGUUCCUGGUCUUUCAGAACUCCUCCUUGUCUAAACGUCCAGUCCUUCUAGAUCUUCUUCUGAGAGAAUUUUUCCCCCCUCCACCUUUUCUAACUAUUGUCCUUUAUCACAGUAGUUUCUCCGUCAUUGACUUCUAGAUCUUCAGGACCAUGUCUCUUCAGGUGGGGCCAGCAGCAACAUCCUCUCUUGCUGACAUGAUGCUGUAGGACAGGCUUAUCAGUCUUCCCAAGUGAGACAGCACUUUCUUGCUCUGAAGUCCAAUGCCCCUGGAGAGAGCAGGCAAGACUAAUCAAAGAGCAGUAACAAGUGGCCAGCUGGUGCCUUUAGAAGACAACUGCACCUUGUUCCACAUGUCUUCCUCUGAACUUGGGGCUUCCUUCCUCCUCAGCCCAGCAUGUUGAGUCUGAUGCAAAAUAGAAUAAGCUCCUCUCGCCAUACCUCCAUCACUAACCUCUUGGCAAACCACUGCAUGCCUGACAGAGAAAACUUCCCAUGCUUGGCUGGCUGGAGAGGAGCACUGGUGGGCAUGCGAACCUAACAGGGCACCCUGUGCUGGGACCAAAAUAUUUGGUCACAACUUCCCUUCCCUCCAGAACAAGAAGUUUCCUGAUACAGUCACAGAAGCUCAGGCUAGGGAUAUUGUUUCUAGGCAGGAGGGGAAGCACAGACCUUGUUUACAAGUGGCCAUGCGAGCUAUGUAGCUCAAAUGACUCUGAGAAGUUCACAGUGAGUCCAGAGCAAAGACAGGAACAGAGUAGAGCUUCCUUGACCCUGUCCGUGCUACAGCUGCAGAUUUAUCCCUCUGCAGCAUCAUAUUAGCAAGGAUGUCUACACUUAGAUCAGUUUUAUACAAAAAAAUUCUGGUCCAUAGCCUUUAGAAAAUUAACUCAUGUAGUAGGCUUAGCUACAGAAAUCAGCUUCCUGCUCUUCAGUUGCGUAACUUAUCUCCCAGAGAUACCUCUUCUAGCUAUCUUCCAGCCCCUGAGUGACUAAACUUGAUGGCUCCACCUGUGGGUUGGUUUUUUUUUUGUGUUACUCAGAACAAUUGGUGGCUGUCAGGGGAGUAACAAGGAAUGGCAGUGGGUGAGUGGCAGGAGACCUAUGUGGGUCUCACAGAGAUGCUUUCUUGCUCAAGGCUGCUGAGCCAUUCCCACAUCAGAUGCAAGAAGGCCACUGAUGGUGUGAACUCAUCCCUGGUCCACAGUGGGUUGCCCACUGUGCAAUGACAAACACCAAAAGGAUAUCUGGGGGAGCAAAGGACAGAGAGGGUCCAGCACAGGCUUCAGAGAGAAUGUCUGUGGAAAAGCCUCCUUCUCCCUUACAGCCUUGCACCAGCUGUGGUGUCCAAAUUCAUCAUCACAAUGGCCAUGCAUGAAAAUGGCUGUGCGCUGCUAAUACAUCUUUGCUGUCUACACAGAAAAUAAUAGCAGCAGCUGUGUAGAAAUCAGCUCUCCGGUCUCCUGCCUUCCUUUCGCUCACACCCAGGGAGUGGGCUGGCAACUCACUCUACCCUCCAGAGUCCUACCUCCCACCAGGAGCACACAGAGCAGCAGGCAGGUCCACAGGCACUUUUCAUGCUGGAAAUCUGGCCUCAGAGCAGCCAGAGGUGGUGCAGUGGUGUGACUGCUGACUGUCCUAUCCAGCGAUUUUGUUCAGACCUAUCCACUGGCUAGAAACCAUAACUGCGUCCUACCCAAAUGCCAUGUCCAAGCCAGCGUUGUCAGCCCUUCCUCAGCAGCAAUACAGAAGAAUUUUGAAUGAAAAGCAUUUCUCUCCCAGCCCUGUGCGUGUGCAAACAUUGUCCUUUGGUGGAUGAGGUGACAGAACUCAGUAAAAAGACCCUGAGGGGUCACCCACACCAUUGGUAAGGGGGUGCUGAUAGGGAGGUUGUGACAUAGCGAGGGUGCCAUCCCUUCUCCAUCCAAGAGAAAAGGCAAAUACAGGUAAGUAUUAGGCAGCAAGGGCAUCUCCCAUGGAAGUAAUGAGGAAAAGUUAUAUCCUUUCUCCCAGCACAUGAUGUG